AUGCCAGAUCAAGCAGCCCCCGUCCGCACCGACUCCCACUCCCCGCCGCCAAAGCGACUACGCACCUCCAAAGCAUGCGCAAACUGCAAAACCCGCAAGAUCCGGUGCGAAUUCAACGACGACGCUCGGCCGGAUGCGCCGUGCAAGAGGUGCAAGACGUACGGGCUUGUCUGUGAGAUUACGAGUGGGAGGGAUCGGGAUAGAGAUAGGGGGAGGGCGGUGCAAGGUGGACAGGGCGGGUCGGUGAAUGCGGCAAGUCAAAGCGGGCAGCCGAGGGUAGAUGGUGAAGGGGUGGGAGGAAGAGCAAGUAUGUCGGGGAGUAUGUCGGGGAGCGGACCAUGGACACCUCGAACUGUUCAAGAAGAUCACUCUCUGAACGCUCGUCGCCCAUCUACCUCUGCGCCUCAUCCCCCGAACAAUCCCCGGCCGCCCCUCGCUGCCCCUCCAAUGCCUCUCUCCAUGCCCAGACCAGAUCACUCUCCUCUCACCCGGCCUUCGCCUCAUUCAAGUCACCUCGACACACCUGGUACUGCCACCCACAGACUAGACUUUGAGGCGCCGAGAGAUUUGGAGGAGGGGACGCCGCCACCGCCGACAACGCAGUUUACGGUCGUCUCUGCGCCGUCGGUGGGCGCGUCGCCUGCUCAGUCAACGUUGGAUCAGCUCGCGGGAUUGCCGAUGAAAUGGCGAGUUGGUAUGCGCCAGCUGCUCGAGAACAAGGUCGAAGGUAGCCAUUUCUGCAAGCCGGAGCCUAGAAUGCUUGGUUCAACUUCAUUAUCAUCACUCAUCGCUCCCAUAACACACGAUAAUGUUGGCAGCUCGAGGGUCUUUGUUCAUGAUAUGCGAUAUGGCAUCAGACGGCGGACGACGCUGCAAGAGGAAGCGAUGAUCUGCUGGUCGCUGAAUGGAUCGACGCCUAUAUGGCGAUUACCCAGUGAUCCUCUACAGCGACCUAUGAUGGAGAAAUUGCUCGCUACAUACGCCGACACCAUAGCUCCCAUCUUCCCCGUCCUGCUCCCCCAAGAAGUCCGCAACAUGCGAGCCCUCUCCGCCUUUCAAAUACUCUCCAUGUGCUCCCUCGCUUCCCUCUCCCGCACCGUCCCCGAAGCAGUCUGCCAAUCCUUCCGUUCCCGACUCUACCACCUCCUCGAAGGCGCUCCCGGCGGAAACAUCUGGACAGCCUCCCAAGCCAACCUCUCGUCUUUACUGGUGAUCAGCCUAAGCGCGGAGCUGCAUGGGAUUACGGCGAGUACGGGCGGUGGGAUAUGUUGGUUGAGGGUAGGUGUAGCGAUAAGGAUGGCGCAGGAUUUGGGUCUGCAUAGGCAUGUGACGGACUUUGGAAUGUCGAGUUUGCAGCAGCAGACGAGGACGAGGAUAUGGUCUUUGUGUAUCAUGCUGGAUGCUUGGUAUGCGCUGUCGCAUGGACAACCACUCAUGAUUGACACUCGCUUUUGCGAUGCCAAAAAGCCUUCUGUGCCGGACGCAGACGAUACCAGCCAAACAGCUUAUAUCGAUCGAUACGUCUAUUACACUUGGAAGUUAACUCAGCUUCUCCGGAAAACUCUGGUUUGCUUGUUUGAUAUAUCAAAAGGCCCGCUAGCGUCUGUCGAUCGGACAGAGAUGGAAGCGAUAUCCGAAGAUCUUGUGAAUUGGCGGAGUAAGCUGAGUCCGGAGUUGCUCCUUACGACGUCGAGUGGGCCGCAGGGUUCUUGUGCGGCUCUGCUAGAGCUCAUGGCUGUCUGUAUACAAUACGUCGCCUGGCGGCCUUUCCGUUUCCCGUCCUCGACCACAGAUACUUCAACGUUCAAUGUGACGACACAACAGUGGGAUGCGCUGGUGCAGAGGUCAUUGAAUGUUGCAAAAUGGACAGUGUUGAAUGGGACACAUCUCAUUGAUACCUGUUUCAUUGCGACGUACUCUCUCGCACACAUCGCCCAAAUGCACUUUUACCACUAUCUCUCCACCACCUCUCCCAAAUCACUCCAAGCGCUCGCCUCCAUCACGGAAGCCUUCGAAACAUGGGCCAGCGCCCAAGGUGAUCGUCUGGAAGCGACGAGUCUGCGGUAUAGGGUGUACGAUCUGGUCAAUCAGCUGAACCAGGCUGCGGCGGAGGGGUGUGUGAAUCCUAGGGCUAGUGCAGCUGAUGUUUGGGGUAUUCUGGAUCCGCUUUUCCUGGCGCCAAGGGGUGCGGGGUCAUCAGGCAAUAUGACGGACGUGGGCAACCUCUCUGCCAACCAGAUGUUUGGCGCUGGCGAUACUGGGGGCCAACAUGCCGACCCGGCGGACCUGCAGCUGCCAGAGAGUUCAGGAGGAGAGAUGCAGGAUUGGAAUACGUUGAUGAACAUGAUGGGGUUGACCAAUACGGGGUGGAAUAACAAUUAG